CCGCGGGCACUGGGUCAGACAUUGGAUCGUCUGGCUGGACAGCGGGCAUCGGGUCACCAGGCAUCAGGUAAUUUGGCUCAACAGCGGGCACCGCGUCAUCUGGCAAGACAGUGGGCUCUGAGUCAAUUGGCACGACAGCGGGCACCGGGUCAUCAGGUACCGGAUUGUCUGGCUCGACAGCGGGCAUCGGGUCACCAGGCAUCAGGUCAUUUGGCUCGCCAGCGGGCACCACCGCGUCAUCUGGCAAGGCAGUGGGCACCGAGUCACCAGGUACGACAGCGGGCUCUGAGUCAAUUGGCACGACAGCGGGCCGGAUCAUCUGGAUCAACAGCGGGCAUCGAGUCAACUGGCCUAAUAGGAUCAUCAGGCUGGAUCAGUUCAUUAUGCUGGGUAGAGGCAUCAGGCUGAGUGGAGGCAUCAGGCUGAGUGGAGCAUCAGGCUGAGUAGAUCAGGCUGAGUAGAGGCAUCAGGCUGAAGAGAGGCAGGCUGAAGAGAGGCAUCAGGCUGAAGAGAGGCAUCAGGCUGAAGACAGGCAU